GUUAAUAUCUAUUGGUUAUUUAAUAAAUGAAAAUACAAUUCAAUAAAAAUAAGUGAAUAAAUAAUAGUUAAUAAAUAUGAAGCAUGCAAGAUUUAUUGCAAGAACAGUACUUGUUCAAAACAAUAAUGUUGAAGAAGCAUGUCGCUUAUUAAAUAGAAUUCUAGGAAAGGAGGAAAUAUUUGAUCAAUUUAGGCGCACAAGGUAUUAUGAAAAACCCUUUCAGGUGCGUCGACGUAUAAAUUUUGAAAAAUGCAAAGCUAUUUACAAUGAGGACAUGAAUCGAAAAAUUGCAUUUGUAUUAAGGAAAAACAGAGUUGAGCCGUUUCCCGGUUGUAGCUGAAUUAUGUAUCAAAAAAUUAUUUGUAACUUAAUAAACUAAAUUAAUAUAUUCCUUUUUAAU